AUGCAAGAAAUUGUAGAGAGCACUCUAGCACAAUCCAUAGCCGACACUCUUGGGCUUUUCCCCCUUUUGUCUCCUAGGUUUGUCAUGCUGUUCACGGAUGACCUGGGCCAUAUUUCCCAGUGGAGAUCUAUCAUGGCGGGGAGUCUCGCAGGCAUGGUUUCCACUGUUGUGACCUACCCUACAGACCUCAUCAAAACCCGGCUGACUGUGCAGAACCUGCUGGAACCAUCUUACCGAGGGAUCUUCCAUGCUUUUUCUACUGUCUAUCAACAAGAAGGGUUCCUAGCCCUUUACCGAGGGGUUUCCCUUACUGUUCUAGGUGCUCUCCCAUUCUCUGUCGGCUCCCUUCUCGUUUACGUGAACCUGGAGAGAAUCUGGAAUGGACCCCGAGAUCGGUUCUCUCUCCUCCAGAACUUUGCCAAUGUCUGCCUGGCCGCUGCAGUAACCCAGACCCUCUCCUUUCCUUUCGACACAGUGAAGAGAAAUAUGCAGGCUCAGAGCCCGUGCCUUCCGCACCGUGGAGGAGUGGAUGUCCAUUUCUCAGGAGCGGUGGACUGCUUCCGGCAGAUAGUCAAGGCCCGAGGGGUCCUGGCGCUCUGGAACGGACUGACACCCAACUUGCUAAAGAUAGUUCCGUAUUUUGGAGUUAUGUUUGGCACCUUCGAGUUCUGCAAGAGAAUCUGUCUCUACCAAAACGGUUACACUGUGUCUCCUCUGAGCUAUCAGCUGACCCCAGGGGUGGAUCAGAGUUUGAAGCCCCAGGAAUUACGGGAAUUUAAAAAGUUCUUCAAAACCAGACAGCUGAAGUCUAAGAAACCAACUCUUUAAAACCGAAUGGAGCAAGAAGGGCACUGACUGAAGGCGUGUUACAAUCACAGAAAAGAGGUAGCCUCGGAAUUGCGUGUGCGUGGAGCGACAAGCGGGUCCUCCUGUCUGCUGCUCUCGGAAAUGAGAAGGUUGAGCCGCGUAUCACCUCCGAGAUCCGAUCUGAUGUCCUGGUGAACACCUGUGCCAGGGGAAGUUUCCCAACGUGACUGUUUUGUGGCAGCAUUCCACCCGAUUUCAUAACAAAACGUGGCUGUAGCGAAAUGUGCAAUGUACACGUGCAACUUACACGACACCAAAGAAAUGGCACCGCCGCGACCUCAAAGCGACGUGUAGUUGGAGUGGCUGAGCGGAUACAUACCACACCGUGAGCUUAGCUGCAGGGUCACAGCUUGCACUAAGCCACACUGGCCUAGCUUUGCUCCAUUUGACCCGAGACUUCCCAACAUAGCUGCUCUGAAACUCCUAAUCCUUGCUGACUCCGGAGUGCACACGCUAUAGCGCAAAUUACACCUUCUCAGAAACUAAAUUAAAACGUUUAACAUUUAAAAAUUA